GACCUGCGGGAGAGAGGCGAGCGCGCUCCGAGCGAGGACGGAGGGGUCCGGCCCACGCGCUCCGGCCGCCGGGCAGCCGCUGCUGGGCGCGCCGUGCACGGACCGUCUGAGCCCCGGGCGCCGGCCAGGGAGUCGCCGCCACCGCCGCCGCCACCGCCACUGCGCGCUCGGCCCGGCCCAUGGUGGAGUCCGCGGAGCCGCAGGCGCUCGGGACGGAGGCGGCGGGCGCUGGGCGGCCCCCGGCGCGCUGAGCCCGGGAUGAGGGCGCCCGCGCUGCUGACCUGCUGCGGCUGGCUGCUGGUCCCCGUAAGCAGCAUUCACCCAGAAUGCCGGUUUCAUCUGGAAAUACAGGAGGAAGAAACCAAAUGUGCAGAGCUCCUGAGCGCUCAGACAGAAAAGUACAAAGCCUGCAGCGGUGUCUGGGACAACAUCACGUGCUGGCGCCCUGCGGACGUGGGAGAGACCGUCACCGUGCCCUGCCCGAAAGUGUUCAGCAACUUCUACAGCAAGCCAGGAAACAUCAGCAAAAACUGCACGAGCGAUGGCUGGUCGGAGAUCUUCCCGGAUUUCGUAGAUGCCUGUGGCUACAGUGACCUAGAGGACGAGGGCAAGAUCACCUUUUAUAUUCUGGUGAAGGCCAUUUACACCCUGGGCUACAGUGUCUCCCUGAUGUCCCUUGCGACCGGAAGCAUAAUUCUUUGCCUGUUCAGGAAGCUGCACUGCACCAGGAACUACAUCCACCUGAACCUGUUCCUCUCCUUCAUGCUGAGAGCUGUGUCGGUGCUGGUCAAAGACGACAUCCUGUACUCCAGCUCCGGCACGCUGCACUGCCCCGACCAGCCGUCCUCCUGGGUUGGCUGCAAGCUGAGCCUGGUCUUCUUCCAGUACUGCAUCAUGGCGAACUUCUACUGGCUCCUGGUGGAGGGGCUGUACCUGCACACCCUCCUGGUGGCCAUAUUCUCCCCCAACAGAUGCUUCCUGGCCUAUCUGCUGAUCGGAUGGGGAGUCCCCACCGUCUGCAUAGGCGCAUGGACCGUGGCCAGGCUGUCUUUAGAAGACACAGGUUGCUGGGAUACCAACGACCACAGUGUUCCCUGGUGGGUUAUACGAAUACCAAUUUUAAUUUCUAUUAUAGUCAAUUUUGUCCUUUUUGUUAGUAUCAUAAGGAUUUUGCUGCAGAAGCUGACGUCUCCUGACGUGGGCGGCAAUGACCAGUCGCAGUAUAAGAGACUCGCCAAGUCCACGCUGCUGCUCAUCCCGCUGUUUGGCGUGCACUACAUGGUGUUUGCCGUGUUCCCCAUCGGCAUCUCCUCCAAGUACCAGAUCCUGUUCGAGCUGUGCAUCGGGUCCUUCCAGGGCCUGGUCGUGGCGGUUCUCUACUGCUUCCUGAACAGCGAGGUGCAGAGUGAGCUCAAAAGAAAGUGGCGAGGCCUGUGCCCGACCCAGCCAAGGAGCCGGGACUACAGACUCCACGGCUCGUCCAUGUCCCGGCACGGCUCGGAGAGCGCCCUGCAGUUCCACCGAGGCUCCCGCGCCCAGUCCUUCCUGCAGACGGAGACCUCAGUCAUCUAGGCCCUGCUGUGUUGCGUGGAGUUUCCACCACGCGUCGUGUGCUCGCUUCCUCCUAUUCCGCGGGCGCGAUGGCCCCACCCAUCAGGUUGUCAGCUGCUUGCCGUGUGCGGAACUGGGGUCACCUUGUCAUUGACUUGGCGGGUGAUUGUGAAACUCCAGCAUGUAGAUGAGUUUGUUCAUGAUGAUGUUCAGCCCUGUAGACGGAUCGGUUGUCAAGAGAACAGGGGCUAGGAGGGGGCCCAGAGCCAUGGCCCACGGCUGCUAAAGCAACACAAGAGGGUUUGGACUUGGUGUGUUGCCUCUUGUAAAACCCACGUCCGGUCAGUGGGACUGAAGGCCUGAACUGGGGACGGGGUAUUAGUGCCCAAGGUGGGCCAGGAAAAAUCAGCAGGGGAGCAGCCCCGCCUCUCCCAGGGUCCUGCCCUGCCUAACAGUCCCCUCCCUACCUCUGCGCCACAGCACCCCAGCCCAGCAUUCCCAUGGGGCCGUUCUCCUCCCCAAGGAAAACCCCCAAGACCACUAGACGGUAACAGUGAGAUCUUUGCGGGAGGGCACUGACCCUUCGGCGGGGUUCCUCAGCCAGAGGGCAGUGGUCUUACAGGGUAAAGUCCAGCACCUUCGUGGCCUUGCAGGUGGUGAGGGGGGCCCCUCACUGGCCUCCGCUGCCACCCUGUAGGAGCCACAGCUGCAGUCAGGCAUCCUCAUCGGGGGUGGGGUCCUGGGGGCACAGGGACACUAGCAGGUGGAAACGGGAGGCCAGUUCUCCUUUUGGUGAAAACCAUAUUAAGGGCGUUUCUGUUUAAAUGGAGAAUUACUUUAUCCACACAUCAAACUGCAUCAAAUGCUCCUCUCUGGUGGGCAAGCAGCAGCCUAGCUUAGGUUCCCUUGGAUUUGCAUAGGCUUGCAGAGGUGGUUCCAGGGGAUAUGGCUGCAGCAGCCACAUGAGGGGAUGUGCAGGGUGGGAGGGGGGCCUUUGGGCACCGUCCCCGUUCCCCAUGUCAAGUCCUUGUCCCUGCAGACCCCAAAGACUGCACAAGCCCAGUGCAGACACCUCAGCCGCCGGCCUCUGUGUUCUGAGCACUUUUGUCCCCACUUGUCUCCCCCUGCAAAUGGAAGCAGCAAAACCUUUGUUCUGUAGCACUGUAGACGCCCGCGUGCCAGAGCAGGGAGUGGCGAGGAUGGAGGCCUCCUGCCCUGCCAGUAUCUCCUUGGGGGGAAAGACCACAUCCAGGAAAAGUAUGGCAGGAUAGAGGAUAGACAGGUGCAACAGCAGUGGGCGUGCAGGGACCAAUCAUUGGCCAAGUCUGUCUAGGGCCGUGGGUGGGUUGGGCAGCAUCAGUGGGUGUGGAAGACACCUGGGGCCACAGGGGCUCCACUGGAGAUGGGGAAUGGGGGGUGGGAGUGCUGAUGGAGAGCAGAUGACCCAAGCCAAGUGCCCAGGAAAGGGUUGUUGACCCUGACAGAGAGACGAAAGCAGGUGGAAGCCAGAAACCCUGGUCCAGCCCUGCCUCUUGGCCGCUCCUGUGCAGUAGGACCUGGGCAGACAGGGGCCCAUCAGCGUGUCCCCCGCCUGCUCUCAGGUUUUGAGGAAAUGCAGUUUUCCUCCCCUGAAAAGGCAGUGUCAACAGCCAGGUGUGGCCAGUGCGCUGAGACCCUGAGCAGACCCCAAGGACCUGGGGGCCACUGGUCAUCGAGUGGUAAGCAGCCGCCAGGGUGCACAGGCAGUCGGCCGGCCAGCUGGGGGUGUGGUCAUCAGGGUGGUCGCUGGGUGGUUAUCUGUCAUUCCUGCUGUACAUAGAGAGCAGGCUCUCAGCCAGGCACGGGCUGGGGCUGCUUGGAGCCCGAGCAGUCGCUUGCCUGGGGAAGGGGAAGACUGCAGCCUGAGGCCUCGUCCUUAGCAUCGAAUAGCUAACAGGAAUGGUGCCCCGGUGGUCCCGGGGGUUUAGAUGUCCUAAGUGUGUGUGGAAUGUCUGCAGACUCCACUGGGUCGUGGGAGUGAACCUUGUACAUACUCAAUAAACCUGACUUCCUGUCUGUA